UAAUGAGUUUUACUACAACGUGUUGUUCACUAAAAAAGUAAUGAUUGACUCUGGUCUCUGGCGCCACGAGCGCACAAUGGAACAGAUUCGACUGCGCCAUGACCUUCAACUUGUCUUAGAACAAUUCAGUAAAAUCAAAGUGGAUUACUGCAAUUGCAAGAUCAAUCUGAAAGCCAGGGACGAAAUUGUUGAGAUUCAGAAAAAUAAAAUGGAGGCCGCACACCGACGUCUAGAAAUACUGGCAACAUCUAUUGAAAAUUAUAAAAAAAAAUAUCAAGAUACUUUGCUCAAAUUGCAAGGUGAGAAUUACCAGUUGACGCAGAAGAUCGAAGAAUUGGAGGAUACGAUCAGAAUUAUUCAGCAGAAUAACCAGAGUCUUAUCAUCGAGGGCAACUCUUGCGACAAUCGAAGAGUCGAGAGUUUGGAGGAAGAAGUCCAGAUACUGGAAUCUCGAUUGGCGGCUGAGGAAGAGCAACACCGAGAGGAAAUACAGAAGCUGAAGGACGAGUACGAGCAGAGGAUUUCAGAGCAAUUGAAAAUGGCGGAGGAAUUGCAGACUAAGAUUAAGAAACUGUCUGAGCAGGCAUUAGCCCAGAAGCCAUUUGUCCACCCCGCCCUGUACGAAGGGACCAGCAAGCUGAAAAAUCAUCCUGCCCCCAGGAAGAAGCCCUCCAAUUCGACAUUCAACUGGCCGAGCCUCGACGUGGAGAAGAUUCCGAAGACCCCCGGUCCUACUCCUCCACCCAAAAAAAAGAAGAAAAAGCUUUUCCACGCUGACGACGAGAUCGUCAAUGUCGUAUAAAAAAAAAUC